AUGUUGGUUUUCGCGAUUCUGUACUCGCCUGUCGAAUCAGUCGGAACCGGCUUGAGUUACGAGUUGUGUGAGGAUUGUGUGAAGUCGGCGUGCUAUCUCGAUAGGAAAACGCCGUGCAUUUGGUUAGGUACCUACGACGUUGAUUACAAUUUCACAUGUUACAUGUGUGACUGCGAAAAUGGCAACCAACAGUUCUAUUCCGAAGAUGAAUGCAAGAAGGGCUGCACGGACCCGUCGAAGAUGUGCAUUUGUGACGCUCCGUGUUACAUGUUUAACAUCGUAAAACAGGGCGCCGACUUAUUUAAUUUCAUGGACUGCACCUUACCAGAAAAGAAGGAGGAACCAACGUCCGAGUAA